AUGAAAGAUAUCACUUUUACCACAUCUGACUGCAUCUCAAAACCUCUAGAGGUGGUAAAAACCCUUAUUGGAGAAUCCAAUUCGGCUGAAGCUUCCUCCAAAAAGGAAUAUGACGUUCCCACCUUUUUUCAAAAUGUUUUUGCAACAGAAGAGAGCAUGUUUGAAAUACCCUCGUUGAACGAUACUCACUUUUCCGACAUUCCUCAUUGUACACUCGUCCGAUUUCGAGCCAUGAUACAAAAUACCGGAUUGGGACAUGAAAUGUUCGUGAGCUCUUAUGAAACAUUAGGUCAUGAUGGUCAUAAGCAAUGGAAAUUUAACAAAUACUCCGAUGACAUGGAUGUGAAGGAUGAAAUCUUAGAUUUAAAUGCACCAGGCAACCAAUUUGACGAAAGACAUCUAUAUUACUGCAACUACGCCUACAAGAAGCGUGAUUCUUCCUCCAUUGGAAUAGAAUCAAGCAUUGAAGCUAUCGUGAGAUCAACGGCAAAUCUAAAUUUAAACAAUGACAAGGGAACCAAUAUUGGAUUAGAAAAACUCGCGUCUAAAUUUCCUUUUCCCAAUGAAGAUCAUGUGGCGGCCAUAGUUAAGAUUUAUGACAAAGAUGAUUCUCUCAAAGUGACGGAUGUGGUUGAGUUUAUUGGUGUUCUGGCGCAUCCCAGCAAUGAAAUGGAUUCGCAAGGAGAUGAAUUCAGUCUCGACGCGGUAUUUUCAAGUAUUCCUUGUCUCCACGCAAUAUUUUAUAGAAACGUAUACCCUUCAGGAAAUCCAUUAGAGUCGCGUUUGACAGAUCUUAAUGUAAUACAAAGCCAAGCAAAUCGCACAAGAAGUUCUUUGCUACAAUACAUUUCAUCUGCUUUGGGAGGAGAUGAAUUGGUAGCUGAAUUUGUGUUGCUACAACUCUUAUCCAGAAUAUAUAAUCGACGUAAUGGUCUCACCCUUGGCAAACUUGUCUUGAACAUCAGCAAUGUACCUUCAACUUGUAUUAAUACAGAAGAAAAUUCCCUUUCGUCUGGGCUAAUUCACUCUAACCAAUAUUCUAAACGCAUUGCCGCGGUCCUUGAAUCACUCUUACCAAAAUAUCACGACCUUCCACUGACACUUUCAACCUUAAAUGAACUUUAUUAUUAUCCGCGAAGUAAUGAAGAGUUGGAUUCCGGAGUAUUUCAAGUUAGUCAGGGAACCUGGUUUUUGAUUGACGAAACUGUCAUGAAGGAGGGCAAGCUUGGCGAUAUCGGUGUCCGUAAUUUACAAGUAUUAAACGAAAUACUCGAUAACCAAAAACUCAAAUAUACAUUCCCCUUUAAUGAUUUUGAACUUGAGACUGACAUUGGAGUAAUCAUAUUGUCUGAUGCUAAAUCAUUUCUACCAGUUGAUUGCAUUAUUCCUUUGUUAGGAAAUCCAGAAGAGACUUUGAUGUUAGACGUUCGAGAGGAUUUACUUAUAGAGUUUAGAAACUACCUUAGUAUUCUUCGUUGUGCUGAAUUUUCAAUUCCGGAUGACGUUUCGGAGUAUAUCCAAAAUGAGUUUGUUCGUCAAAGAAAAAACGCUUCAAUAAGUGGUCAUCCCUUAAUGACUCAAGCGGACCUUUUAUUGCGCAUGACCUUGGCAAGGUUGGUCACACUGAGUUUCGGUCGAUUAGAGUUAACUACCGAAUUAUGGGAUUAUACGCAGAAACUAGAUGAACAGAGAAAACAGCGUAUUGUAAAUUUUGAACAAAGGCCAUGA